UUUCUUCUUGGAACUGAAACCCUUGGUGAUAGAAAUGCCCGAUUUAAUCAACUUUUCCCCCCCUCCCAGCAGCCUCUGGCUCUCCCUCUUCCUCUCCCUCCCUCGAAUCUAAUGUCAUCUAUAGCAAACCUAGGGUAUGGCUUGCUGAGCAAUUUGGUUCAAUUGGGUCUCUGCAUAAACCUAGAUUCAUUGAUGAUGAAUCUAGUGUGCGAAGUUUUUGAGAGACGCUUCUUUGAAGGUCAAUGUUGCAUGCAAUCUCUGCCCCUAACACUUGUGUAUGCCACCAGAAAAGCCCUGGUCUUGGAAGAAGACAUUUAGUAACAUCCAGGCGUAGCAUUUCUUCUUCAUUACCUGAUACAGAUGGAGUUAAAGUGGAGUAUACUCCCUGGCUGAUUGUUGGAUUGGGAAACCCUGGGAAUAAGUAUCAUGGAACCAGGCACAAUGUUGGUUUUGAAAUGAUUGAUCGCAUUUCUCAAGGAGGCAUUCUGUUGAACACUAUACAGUCGAAGGCAUUAAUAGGAAUAGGUUCGCUUGGAGAGGUUCCGGUUUUAUUGGGAAAACCACAGGCAUACAUGAAUUUUAGUGGGGAAUCGAUUGGACCACUAGCUGCAUACUAUCAAGUGCCGCUUCGUCACAUCUUAGUGGUUUAUGAUGAGAUGAGCCUGCCAAAUGGUGUCAUGAGGCUUCAACCAAGAGGAGGACAUGGCCAUCAUAAUGGGCUGAAGAGUGUGAUGGACCAUUUGGAUGGUUGCCGUGAAUUUCCUCGGUUGAGCAUAGGCAUUGGCAAUCCCCCUGGGAAUAUGGAUAUGAGAGCGUAUCUGCUGCAGAAGUUCAGUUCAGAUGAGCGAAAGCAGGUGGAUGUGGCACUCCAACAGGGGGUGGAGGCUGUGCAGACCCUGGUGCUCCAUGGCUUCAAUGAUGGUAUCAGUAGAUUCAACUUACAGCAAAAGUACAAGUAUCACAAGGUUUGAAUCAAAUUUUAGGGAGGGCAAAAGGGUUGAAAUAGGUGGCAGCUGAUAUAUAUAUAUAUAUAUAUAUAUAUUUAUAUGCCAUAUGUUUUCGUUUCUCUAAGCAUGGACAUGCUCUAUGUUUGGAACUUUAGAUUGAAAAAGGAGAUUAAAUUUUGUGUGACCUCAGUCUCUACAAAUUUGGGUGAUAUUCCAGUCAAUAGAUAUAACACUUGAUUCCAUUUAAA